AUGUGCGAUGUUGUUUUAGGUGCUCAAUGGGGCGAUGAAGGUAAAGGUAAAUUGGUCGACAUUUUAUGUGAUGAUAUCGACGUUUGCGCUAGAUGUCAAGGAGGUAACAAUGCUGGACACACUAUAGUGGUGAAUGACGUGAAGUAUGACUUCCACAUGCUCCCUUCAGGUUUGGUAAAUCCCAGGUGUCAAAACUUGCUAGGCUCAGGUGUCGUCAUUCAUGUUCCAUCUUUCUUUGAUGAGUUGGAACAAUUGGAGAAAAAAGGACUUCAAGGAAGGGACAGACUUUUCAUCUCAUCCAGGGCUCAUCUCGUUUUUGAUUUCCAUCAGAGAACGGACAAGUUAAAAGAGGCUGAACUCUCUGAGACGAAGAAGUCUAUCGGAACUACUGGUAAGGGCAUUGGGCCCACAUAUUCUACCAAGUCUUCUCGCUCCGGUAUCAGAGUUCAUCAUUUGGUCUCUCAAGAGCCUGGUGCUUGGGAAGAAUUCAAAGUCCGGUAUCAAAGAUUAGUGGAGUCGAGAUACAAGAGGUAUGGUGAAUUCGACUACGAUGUGAAGGAGGAGCUUGAGAGGUUCGAGAAGUACAGGGAGGAAUUAAGACCAUUUGUGGUCGACUCUGUAGACUUCAUGCAUAAGGCAAUGUCUGCAAACAAGAAGAUCCUCAUCGAGGGUGCCAAUGCCUUGAUGUUAGACUUAGAUUUCGGUACAUAUCCUUACGUCACUUCAUCUUCCACGGGCAUUGGCGGAGUUUUGACAGGAUUGGGAAUUCCGCCUCGAAGCAUAAAGAAUGUUUACGGAGUGGUCAAAGCAUAUACCACCCGAGUAGGAGAGGGUCCAUUUCCUACGGAACAGUUGAACAAAGUCGGUGAGACCUUGCAAGAUGUUGGUGCUGAGUUUGGAGUGACAACUGGCAGGAAGAGAAGAUGUGGCUGGUUGGAUCUUGUGGUGUUAAAGUAUUCCAAUGCGAUCAACGGCUACACGCACCUCAACAUCACCAAGUUGGAUGUACUCGAUACUUUCAAGGAAAUCAAGGUUGGUGUGGCUUAUUGGGUGAAUGGAGAAAAGCUCAGCUCUUUUCCUGAAGAUUUAUUGAAGCUUGCAAAUGUCGAUGUUGAAUAUGCGACCUUGCCCGGGUGGGAAUGUGAUAUUAGCAAAAUCACUGAAUUUGAGAAUCUUCCUGAUAAUGCAAAGAAUUAUUUGCAAUUUAUUGAAGACUUUUUGAAGGUUCCUGUGGUUUCUUCUCAUAUCAAGUAUUUCAGCUGGAAUGGCGCAUGCCUCAAGUGCUUUGCUACCAUCUUCAUUCGCAAUGAAUUGGGUCACACUAGGAACGGCAUUCGCCCUUUCAACUUUCAAGGAUUCAAACGUCAAUUCAUCGAGGCCCAAUAUCUAUGCCAUCUACAGCUUCUUGAUCUCAGGCCUUGUCGGUUGGCCAUUUACCUUGGUCCUAGGUGUUUCUAUUGGAUGUAUACCUUGUGGAGUAAGCGUCGGAACUUGGCUUUUGUAAUCUUCGCAUGUGUAUCCUUCUUGUUGGCUCUUGUUGCAGCAAUGAUCGUGGUCGACUCGUUCUACUAUAAAAAGGGACUUUCUUUCAUCCCAAUUAACAUUGUUCUUUAUAACGUUUUCGCAACCGAGGGAGAAGGUCCCGAGAUUUUUGGUGUUGAGCCCUUCUCGUACUAUGUGAGAAACUUGCUACUCAAUUUCAACUUACUGUUUGUCGCCGCUUACUUUGCGACUUUAUACAUGAUAUGCUCCAAAUCUGAACGCCAUCGGAACGUUGUGUGCAUCGUGAUACCUUUAUGGAUCUGGACCAUUGUGUUUGGCAUACAACCUCACAAGGAAGAGAGGUUUCUUUAUCCCGUUUAUCCCUUGAUAUCUUUAGCAGCUGGUUGUAUGUAUGAUGCUUCCUUCAAUUUCGCUCGAAAAUAUUCAAGAGGCGCCCUUCCUUCAAAGCUUUUAAAAGCUACAUUUGGCUUACUUAUUGUGCUUGUUCUGGGACUUCGAAUUCUAAACCUUAUAGAGAAUUACUCGGCUCCAUUGGCCAUCUCUCGAAGUAUUCAGUCGGUCUCAACCUCAUUUGAUGAAGAUAAAAUCGUGAAUGUAUGCAUCGGACGAGAGUGGUAUCAUUUUCCCACAUCAAUGUUUCUUCCGGACAACUUUCGCUUGAAAUUUGUUAAAAGCAGCUUUGAUGGGCUUUUGCCUGGUGACUUUACAGAAGGAGUUGCGAUUGACUUAGCAACAUCCAAUGUUCCUCCAAACAUGAAUUCAAAAAACUUGUUUGAGGCCGAUAAGCUCAUUGAUCUAGAUAAGUGUGAUCUUAUUAUCGAUAACUCUACCCCAUCUGAUAAAUCCGUGGGUGACCCACAGAUAUGGAUUGAGAAGGAUAUAUUGAGCGCAGACUUCACGAUCAUCGACUGCAGAAGAAUGAUUGACCUUGGAGGUCACAGUACUGGCAUUGGAAGAAUCCUUUACAUUCCGGAGUGGCUUCGUUAUGCUAUUGAUUAUGAAAUAGACUACAUGGACUUUUGCCUUCUCAGGCCAAAGGCAAACCAAUGA